AUUAUACUGGAGUGGUGAUCCAGACUGGUUUGUGAACAAGGUAUACAUGAAUAUACAUAAAUAAUGUAUAGAUAAUGUAUGAUUAUAAUGCGAAAACAGUAUAAAGAUAAUGAAUGGCAGGGUGCGAUUCAAAUGCCAAGUAUAAGAACGCGGUACCCUUGCUGUCUAUGAACAGUACCAAAACCUCUCGGCUAUCAUAUAACCAACAAAUUUCCAAACCCUGAUUUUAAACCGUAUAACUAAGAGAGUAUAGCUCUAUAUACACAGCUAGAAAUCUCACAAGCCUGUCGCAAGCUGUUGAUUUUACAGGCUUGCGGCAAGUUGUCAACAAGUCGCGACAGGUCUGUUGGUUUCGUCAGGCGGUAACAGGCUUGCGGGAGCAGGUCUGUCGGAAGCUGUUGACAACAGAGCCGUAGCGACUUGUUGAAACAACCCGCUACAAACCUGUUACUAACAAGAGAUAACAGGUCUGAUAGAACAACUUGCAGUAAGUUUGUUGAAAUCAACAGGUCUGUUACAACUUGUUACAACAGAUCUGUCGCGAGUUGUUUUUGUCAAAUCUGCAGCAAGCUUGUUAUCAGACCUGCGACAAAACUGUCCACAACAAACAAUUUUUGUCCUGUCACAACAAGUUUCAACAAGCCUGUUGUCGGGAAACAAAUCCAAAAUGUGAGUAAAGAGAAAAAUCGCACGAAAUGGACACGUCCGGCUACACAUCUAUUCUCUGAUUAAAUGCAAAAGCCACUGUUUUAGUUUUUAAAAAAUAGUUCCGAUUUCCAAAAUCCAAAUUACUGACGUGUGCUAUCGCUAUAUUUCUUUAAUCUGAUUUGAUAAAGGCGUGUGCACACGUCAUCAUUCCUCGUCGCAAUUGGACGAAAUAUUACAAACAUGUCAAUCACGCAAUCAUGUUUAGUUGUUUUUGAAUUUUGAGCCAAACAAAAUCAAAGUAUCAAACAAGUUCAAAGCCGUUUUGAUUUUUAGUGAAGAAACUGUGGCAAUGAGAACACACGAUCUAGAAAUGAAAAAUACAUGAGCAACCGAGUGUUCACUGCAACGUUCUUCAUUGUCGCAAGUUGCGACAGGCCUGUUGAAAACAGCAUUGCUGCAGCUCUGUCACAAUAACUUGCGACAGGCCUGUUGAAAACAGCGUUGCUGCAGUUCUUUCACAACCAGCUCGUAACAGACCUGUUGACAGACCGUUGCGGACCUGACAGGUACAAGGAACUUGCGACAGGCCUGUUGAAAACAGCGUUGCUGCAGUUCUUUCACAACAGCUCGUAACAGACCUGUUGACAGACCGUUGCGGACCUGACAGGUACAAGGCGAGCGAACGCAUCCAGAUAUCGGCUCGUUGAUAACAGGUUUUAACAGAUCUGUUACAGAUCUGUUCCGACUGUGUUGCCAAACAACAUGAUUGAACUGAUUUCAUGACUCAUAUGGAACUAAUAAGGAAUGUUGGAAUAAAACAAUGUCAUAGUUUCUUCCAUGUUUCUUUAUAUAACUCAUAGUUUCAGGUUACUGAAUAUUCAUACAAAUAACAUUGACCGAAAACAUUGAUUAUUUGUUUUAUGCAACACCAAAGUAAAUCAUCAACAUUGUUGUUGAAUAAUUUGUUAAUUAUAAACAUGGGCAUUAGUUAUUUGAUUCGGCCUAACAAACGGGAUUGCGCUUGUGCUCUCCACGGAAUAGUGAAUUAAAGACCAUUAAAUCUAACCGUAUAACGCAGAAAUCCGGCUGGGCAAUGCAAAGUGGCGAUAAUUUAAUAAUUUAUGCGUUAUAUAUUAUUCUAAGUAGUUCUAUCAAGGAAAAUAUAGAUGAAGAAUGUCAUCUUUAUUAAUAAUACUAAACCUUACAAACAAUUUAUGUUAUUAAAUUAUAUAAUAAACCUGUUCUACUACCUAUUAUCGACCCAGGCCAAUUUGGGUUCAUCCCAGGAUCGUCAACUACUCUAGCACUAAUCUCUAUGUUCCAUCAUUGGUUACGAGCUACUGACGGCACCGCAUCCACCGUAAGAACCAUACUUUUAGAUAACAACAUUUAAUCUAGGUAAUAAAUUGACUUACUUUUAUUUUUAAUUAUUCAAAAUUGUUGUAAUAAUGUAUAAAACUCAAUUGCUGUAAAUAUUCACAUAAUUCAGUCUACGACUGCAAACUGUUUUAUUUGAAUAAACGAAUCUGAUCUAAUGUCUAUGUUUACAUUCUAUAACUGCUCUCAAUAGAAUUAAAUUAUUUAAUAAUUUAUUUAAUAAUUUAUUUAAAUUUAGGUCACUGUUAUCAGUUCAAGUCAAGAUCGUUUGUAUUCUUUCCCAUGUUUCAGAUGGGUAAUCAAGGAUAUUGUAUUAUUCCCUGGUGAAGGUAAAGAUCUGUUGCAAUUCAUACGAAAUGCUCCCAUGGUGACUCAUGGGUGUACCUCCAUAAGUAACCCCCUCCUUUUUACUCCUCCUGUACGUACCUAAUGGUCUAGAACAUUCAGUGCUCUAUUGAAUUCAUGAAAGAAUGGCCAUUUACAAAUCGUUGUCGAAACAAGUAGGACAGUGUGGCAUAUAUCUCUUUUGAUAUUCAUUAAAAUUUUAAAACGGUUAUGUGCGGCGUUUCGUGAAUUCCUUACUCGUUUGUAAAAUACUUCCUCAAAAAUUCCUUUGGUUCGAUGUAAAGACGAAGGAGUUUCCGAAAGUCGUUGUUACAUGAACAAAGAAAGCCAAGGUCUCUACACGACAAAUUUGAUACAAUAUAUUGAUAUUACUCAAUAGUUUUUUUUCCAUAAUGUUUACGGAUGACUUUAAUUAUUACCAUCUGUAACUUUUAAAUAAUGUAAAUAAGAGCACUUCUUCUUAAAGUUUUAUUGUAUUAUAUUAGUCCGUAGAUUUUAGCUAUAAGCUAGGGCGAUUCUGUGUAUAUAAAUUCGUUAAUAAUAAUGUAAUAAUACUGCACUGAAAUCGUAAUAUGCGAACCUAGAAUUAAUAGGUGCUUGUUCAAGAAAACGAUCUGAUCCAGCUGGAAACAAGUAUUUUAAAAUUUACAUUUUUCUUUUUACAACUCCAGCAACGUUGCCUUUCAAUGAAGUGCCAGCGAUCGUAAGUGAACAGCGACAGAAGGAGCUAGAGCGGAGGAAGGAGGCUUACCAGUGGGACUGGGUGUCAGAUGAUAUGCCUGGAAAUAUCAAGGCUACAGUACAUAGUGACCUUCCACGUGAUGUUCAGUUUACUGAUGAGAAAUCCAGGUAUGUUUGACAGUUUAAAAAUGGGGUCAAGUUCAUUCUGCAGAUGCGCUAUGUGAGGACCUUCUGGUGUAAACAAUACCAAAAUUUUAAACCAGAACGAUGUUAUAUAUAAUUGUAUCGUAUUUUAUGAUUAUUGUGUGCUUUGCAAAUGUAAACAACCGCACAUCCGUCGAACUGUGUUGAUCCCAUUUUUUAAUGUACUGGAUUUGCAAAUUAUUCCUAAAAAUUCGUCUCGUUUUGUUUGAAAAUAUAGGGUGUAGAACUUGCAAGAUUUUUCUUUUGUAUUUCGUAUCUUGCGAAAACCGAAUGCAAUACUUCCGCACAUGUGUGUUCAAUUUGUCAAAAUAGUGACCACUUCUUUCCCAAUUGCAGAAAAUACAUCUUUCUUCUUUUCUUUCAUCAGUACGUUGAGAUAUAUAAAAACUUGUAGUGGUUGUUUUCGCUCAAAUCUCUUCUUUGUAUUUGAAAAGUUGUUUCUCUUAAACCCGCAAACACGCAGAAUUUGAAGGGCACCAUUAUUUUUCGAUUGUGUUUCCAUAUUUUUCCAUGUGAAUUUUUCAUAUUGACCUCAGGUCCUACCAGGAAAGCAGAAAAGCAGCUCUGGUCAAUCUUGGAAUAGGCAGUCUCUUCACGAUGUUCGAGGAUUGGGAUAAUUAUGAUGAUUAUCAUAUUUUGUAUCGCAACUGGAUCCUCGGUGCUACUCCUAAUAUGGCGGAUCGAUGGAAUCAAGAUCGCUGGUUUGGUUAUCGGUUUCUUAACGCAGCAAAUCCUGUGGUAGUGGUCCGUUGUGAUGCACUUCCCGAAAACUUCCCGGUAACGAAUGGUGACGUGAAGGCCUCAUUAGAUAGAGGAAAGACCUUGGAAGAAGAAAUGAAGGUAACAGCUCAUCAGAAAUACUGUAUUUCCCCAAACCCGCGAAACCUUCCUGUGCCUAUUACUGUAAAAAUGUCAGAUUAUUACUUUUUUUAUUAGAUUAUUAUUAUAACUAAUUUCAAAACAAUUUGCUGCAAUAAUUAUAAUAAUUAUACUCAAAAAUUCAUUCAAGUUGUAAUAAUUAUACUCAAAAAAUCAUUAAUAAUUCAUGAAGCAAUUAUCCAAUCUUGAGUAAGAAAUUAGUCACGUGUAUACGUCUUUAUACCAGCUAAAGAACACUUUAACAAAAGACCAUUGUUAUGCAAACUAUAUAAAGAUUAUUAUAUAAAGAUUUUUAUAUAAAGAUUUUUAUAUAAAGAUUUUUCAUAUUCAGAUUUGACUUACUAUGCAAUCGUUUUUGAAGCCAUUUAAAAAACUCGCAAGUCGUGUUUUAUUAGGUCUAAAGCCACUCGCGCUGAGCGCUCGUGGCCUUAAACCUAAUAAAACACUCCUGAUCGUUUUUUAAAUAGUACAUAAAGCUUUUUGUGAUUGAUUUGCACUGUCAUACUAAGUUUCGGGAGAAAGGAGGGCUCUGGGCUCCUCCCCUCCAGAACAUUUUUGAAGCUCUGGCACUGCAUUUCUGGCGUUUUCUAAAGCAAAUUCGGAAACAAAUUGGAUGUAAAUUGAUUGUAUAUAUUUUACAAAAAUGGUUAUCAUUUCACAAAAAUAAGUACUUUUUGAAUUUCCGCUACGUCCCUGGAGCAAGCCUGUGCUACCCGGUUAUUGGGUUUAUGUUGGAUACAGCAAGGCCGACGUAAAUGGACUAUAUUCGAACUUGUGCAGAAGCCAUGUAAUAAGGACUAAUCUCGCCAGAACAACGUGGCAGGUCUAAUGAGUGUAAUUUUCUAUUUUUCUACAAACAGGAUGGACAUAUCUAUUUGGCUGACUUUAAGAUACUCGUAGGUGCUAAGUGUUAUGGCGGUCCUAUACUUGAAGACAUGGGCUACAAAGUACCAGAUAAUAUAAACCAUGAUGAAGCUGACAUCCGUUACUGUGCUGCACCUCUUGCAUUGUUCUAUGUCAACAAGCUUGGUCAUCUUAUGCCCAUAGCCAUUCAGAUUAAUCAGGAACCAAGUUCCGAGAAUCCAAUAUGGACACCACAUGAGCCAAAUGAACAUGACUGGAUGUUGGCGAAAUUUUGGCUUGGUGUUUCUGAGUCAAAUUUUCACCAGGUAUAUACAAUGUGUUUGUAUACAGUAGUUCAUAGUUCUCCCUGGAUCUUAUUAUAAAAUCUAUCUAUAUUGGUACCUCGGUGCAUCAUAUAAUUAGCUUCGUCUUGCUUCCUACAAACACUUGUAAGGAACUUUAUGAUUACUACAUAUUAGCAUCUUUUUACCCUUCAAUUAUGUGCCGUAGAUCCUGAAUCCUUUAUCUUUAUAAACCGGAAUCCGAAUUCAUUCAUUCAAAAUUUUGGCUUUUUGUUUUUGCAUGUUUCUCUACACUUCAAAAACUCAUUAAUAAUUCAUGAAGCAAUUAUCCAAUCUUGAGUAAGAAAUUAAUCACGUGCAUACGUCUUUAUACCAGCUAAAGAACACUUUAACAAAAGACCAUUGUUAUGCAAACUAUAUAAAGAUUUUUAUAUAAAGAUUUUUAUAUAAAGAUAUUUAUAUAAAGAUUUUUAUAUAAAGAUUUGACUUAUUAUGCAAACGUUUUUGAAGCCAUUUAAAAAACUCGCAGGUCGUAUUUUAUUAGGUCUAAAGCCACUCGAGCUGCGCACUCUUGGCUUUAAACCUAUUAAAACACUCCUGCUCGUUUUUUAAAUAGUACUUCUCGCUAUUUAUCUAAUUUAAUAUAUUAUACUUCGGCUAUUCUGAGAGCAAUAGCUUUGGUAAAUUUUAUAUUGAGCAUGGUGCGAGACAGACCUUUUCAUUUUCAUUUUUACGCAAGUAACAACUAGUUUUCCAGAAUUUUGUAAAUUAUAGUAGAAAUACCAGGGUGUAAUGGGAUUAGUAGAAUGUCAGCAAACUUCCAGCCUCCCGACGGGGUUAUUUGCCAGCUAAUUGCUGGCUAUUGUGAUAAAAAAUAGUAUACUUUCCAAAAUGAUUUUUCCUAAUUAGUUAAGAUGUUUUAUUUUUUGAAUUGUUAGUCAAAACUACGGCAACUCUCUGUAGCCACUGAAUAUUAUUCACCAUGAGGAAAUCUUGUUUAAUAUUCAUCAUUUUCUUCUUGUUUUUCAGCUCUGUACUCAUUUACUGCGAACUCAUUUGACUACUGAACCAUUUGCCUUAUCAACAUGGCGAAAUCUAGCAUCACCUCAUCCAGUGUUUAAAUUGCUGCAACCUCACAUCUAUGGUGUCCUUGCCAUUGAUACCAUUGGUCGAAAGGAGUUGAUUGGCACAGGUGGAAUCGUAGAUCAAUCUCUGUCCUUGGGUGGGGGUGGCCAUGUCAAGUUCAUGGAGGAAUGUUUCAAACAGGUAUUCCAUUACAGGCACAUGAAAAACUACCCCGCAAUAUCUUUUGGUUUUUAGCAUGAUUUCAGAGUUAAAUGGAGAUGGAGAAAAUGAACUUGUUACACUGGUAUAAAAGAUGAACGGUCCUAAAUCUGUAAAUUUUUGUAUAAAUAUUUCAUUGUUAAAUUUGUAUCACCCCUAAAUCUUGCUUCUUCAAGGAAAAUAUUCUUCCAUCUUCUUAGGUGAAUCUUCAAGACUACAACCUUCCAAAUGCGUUAAAGAAGCGCGGCGUUGACGAUCCUUCCAAACUGCCAGGAUAUUACUACCGAGACGACGGUCUAGCUCUGUGGGAAGCCAUUAAAGCAUUUGUUGGUGAUAUCAUUGGUAUUUUCUACAAAAAUGAUGAUGACGUGAAACGAGAUAACGAGAUUCAGAGCUGGAUCUAUGAUGUCCACAAGAAUGGUUGGCGUGUCAACCCUGGCCAUCAAGAUCACGGAGUCCCAACUUCAUUUGUAAGUCGAGAACAACUAAUUGAAGUUCUUACAUCGCUCAUCUUUACUUUCUCCUGCCAACAUGCUGCAGUUAAUUUCAGUCAGAAAGAUCACUUUGGAUUCACUCCUAAUGCUCCAGCUAUCCUACGAAAGCCACCACCGAAGAAAAAGGGAGAGGCAACGCUGAAGUCAAUUAUGUCAACCUUGCCAAAUAAAGGUCAAGCAAGCAAAGCUAUUGCAACUGUUUAUAUUCUGACAAAAUUUUCUGAGGACGAGGUAAGUGGUAGAAAACAAUAAAUCCAAUUUACCAUUCCUGCUGGAUUUCGGAAAACGCAUUUCGCGAAAUGGGCGUUAAUAGGAAGAUCCCUGGUAAGAAGUAAGCGAUUUUGUAGUUGCUACCCAAACUUAUCGCUUGGUCCAAUUUUACUGUUCUUUAUGACUGUUAUUUGAGCACGCGAUUCAAAAUUAUUCAUGUGCGCGCGUACACGAACAUUUAUGGAGUUGCGUGAACAUAAAUGCGCUUGCAAUUGACUGUUGUAAUUAUUCGUAUAGCCUUAUAGUGUAAAAGCCACAACAAGAUUAGUAAGAGCUUGAUGAUGAGCAGUAAAACAACCGGAAAACAAAAAAUAUUAUCCAUUAUUUUGUAUAAUCCUGGAAUUUAAAAAAAAAAUCAAAUGUUACGAAUAAAGGUGAAGCGAAUGCAAGAAAUUUUAUUGACGUUGAGGUUGGUAAUAAGUGUUUCUAUGUAUUACAGCGCUAUCUGGGCAACUACAGCGCCACAGCCUGGGAAGACAAUGAUGCUCUUGACGCAAUUAAUCGUUUCCAAGAUAAGCUUGAAGACAUUUCAAAGAAGAUAAAAGAACGAAAUGCAAAUUUGGAAGUUCCAUACACAUAUCUUCUUCCUGAAUGUAUUCCCAAUGGAACGGCGAUCUAGUGUGAACAUUGUUAGAACGAUAUACAGAGACGAUAAUUCUGUAAUUUCUAUAAUUUUGGUUUUUAGUCUUACUCCAUGUAAAUUAGAAGCAGUAAUAGCACGAAAAUACAUUAAAAUUACCUUGCCAUUGUACUUUCUUAACCAGUGUGACUGCAUGCAUUGGUUUUCAACGAGUGAUGGAGGAGGGUGAGUGGCACUGGGGGCACGUGCUUCCCCCCAACUUUUCAAAAGUGCCCUUUUUCCGC